AUGUCCGGCGAGCAACUUGUAGAGGUGCUUGCUCAAAUCAAUACGCCGCACGCGGAUUACGCCUUCCCUGCUGGCGCAAUCCACUCACUCGAUCUUACCAGGCCGCCAACCCCCAUAAACCCGCGCGGGCAUUCGACCCUUCCAGCGAGCGGAUACGACCUCAUCCAAAGUUUCCGUGACUUGGUUGAAGCAGAUAAGGCUCGCACACAAAUUUUGAUUCUGGUGAACUCGCAGCUCAAGAUGGAGUCUAACAGAGAUAGGCGGGCAACAGAAGAAGAAGCGAUUUCAAGGAAGGCCGAAUCAUUACUCGACCGCAAGAUUCUUAUCGAGAACAUGAGGAGGCUCUCAAGGAGAUCCGAGCCUCUCAAGACGAAGAAUAUAAGUCUCAGCGAAGGGCAGAAGGAGCUACGCGCAUACUUCGUGAAUUUGAAGGAGGAGCCGAAGGGAGAAGCAUGCUCUACCUCGGACGGUCUCGAGAUCCAAGUAAAGUUGUUGGAGGAGACACUGAAUGGGGAGGUGGGCGUCAGGGAGAGCUUGGAGGGGAACAAGACGGAGGAAUACGAGGCGCAGUCUAGGCUCGCUGAGGACAAAUAA